CACCAGGCCACUCGAACACCACAUCCCUCUCCACUCCAUACUCCGUCGCCAUCAUGAGCUGCCUCAAGAUGCGUCGUCUGCAGCUUGCAAACCAGCUCACCAAAAGCCUCCGCACAUCCACGCGAGCAUUUUCCUCCACACGACCCGCGGCACGCAUAUUCGCAACCGAGCAUUUGAAGGCAAGGGAGGCUUCAGGCUUCAUUGCCCGCAAAUACCCUGUGAUAGACCACCAGUACGAUGCGAUUGUCGUCGGAGCCGGUGGGUCUGGCCUGCGUGCGGCCUUUGGUCUUGCCGAAGCUGGCUUCAACACUGCCUGCAUAUCGAAGCUCUUCCCGACUCGAUCCCACACCGUAGCCGCUCAGGGCGGUAUCAAUGCUGCUCUCGGAAACAUGCAUGAGGACGACUGGCGGUGGCAUAUGUACGAUACCGUCAAGGGUUCGGACUGGCUGGGGGACCAGGAUGCUAUUCACUACAUGACAAGAGAGGCUCCUCAGUCUGUCAUUGAGCUCGAAAAUUACGGCUGCCCUUUUUCGAGAACUGAAGAUGGUCGCAUCUACCAACGUGCAUUCGGUGGGCAAUCUCAGAAGUUUGGUAAGGGUGGACAGGCAUACCGAUGCUGUGCCGCCGCCGACAGGACCGGGCAUGCUCUGCUUCAUACUCUCUACGGACAGUCUCUGCGGCACAACACAAAGUACUUCAUUGAGUUCUUUGCUACUGACCUAAUCAUGGAAGAUGGUGUCUGCAAGGGUGUCAUUGCGUACAACCAGGAAGAUGGUACCAUUCAUAGGUUCGUCGCUAAGAACACCGUCCUCGCCACCGGAGGCUACGGACGAACCUACUUCAGUUGCACAUCCGCACACACCUGUACCGGUGACGGUAUGGCUAUGGUUGCUCGUGCCGGUCUUCCCAACCAGGAUCUUGAGUUCGUGCAGUUCCAUCCGACCGGUAUCUACGGUGCUGGUUGCUUGAUUACCGAGGGCUCGCGUGGUGAGGGCGGCUAUCUCCUUAACUCUGAGGGUGAGCGGUUCAUGGAACGUUAUGCCCCUACCGCUAAGGAUCUUGCCUCCCGAGACGUUGUCUCCCGGUCUAUGACUAUGGAGAUCCGCGAAGGCCGUGGUGUUGGUCCCGAGAAGGACCACAUCUACCUUCAACUCAGCCAUCUACCCGCCGAGGUCCUCCACGAGCGUCUCCCUGGUAUCUCCGAGACCGCCGCCAUCUUCUCGGGCGUCGAUGUCACGAAGCAGCCCAUCCCCGUCCUACCAACGGUCCACUACAACAUGGGUGGUAUACCCACCAAAUACACCGGCGAGGUCCUUACGGUCGAUGCGCAAGGCAAAGAUCAGGUUGUUCCAGGUCUCUUCGCAUGUGGUGAAGCCGCAUGUGUCUCCGUCCACGGUGCCAACCGCCUCGGUGCCAACUCCCUCCUGGAUCUCAUCGUAUUCGGCCGCGCAGUCUCCCACACGAUCCGCGAUAACUUCAAGCCUGGCCAAACCGCCGACUCCAUCUCCGCUGACGCCGGUGCGGACUCUAUCUCCGUCAUCGACCAGAUCCGCACGGCCGAGGGCCCCAAAUCGACCGCCGAAAUCCGUCUCAACAUGCAAAAAGUUAUGCAAACCGACGUCUCAGUCUUCCGUACCCAAGAAUCCCUCGAUGAAGGCGUCCGUAAGAUCCGCGAGGUCGACGCCACCUUCGCCGACGUUGGAACUAAGGAUCGCAGCAUGAUCUGGAACUCGGACCUGACCGAAACGCUUGAGCUGCGGAACCUUCUAACCUGUGCCGUGCAAACCGCAGAGUCGGCGGCGAACCGGAAAGAAUCCAGGGGUGCUCACGCCCGUGAGGAUUACCCGGAUCGAGACGACGAGAAUUGGAUGAAGCAUACACUAAGUUGGCAGAAGAAGCCGCAUGGCAAGGUGCAGUUGGGGUAUAGGGCUGUGACGGGCCAUACGUUGGAUGAGAAUGAGUGUAAGGCUGUGCCGCCGUUUAAGAGGACUUAUUGAGUGGACACGGACCAGAAUCGGGAGUGGGAGGUAGAUGUGGAGGUGUGAAGUUUCAUGUAUUUUAUGUAUAUUGGAUGAGAUGAGAGGGAUGAUUAUGGGGGAAUAUAUGAGGUGAGAGGUUGAAAUGAAAUGAAGUGCAUGUGGUGCUGUGGGGUUGUUGGGAAGAUGGAGAUUGAUUGGAAGUUCUUUUUGUUCCUUUGUGGAUUGAGAGGGGAGUAUAUAUCGAAUCGAAUCAAAAGGAAAUUUUCUUGGUCGUU